UAUCGUUAUUUUAUUUAUUAUUCAAUUAUUUAUAUAUUAUUUUUAUCAGUGUUAUAUUUUAUUUUUUAAUUUUAUUCGUAUCCACUGAAAUUGAAGAAAAGGUUCAAGACUUCUAAAUUAAAAUAAUAAAAUAGAAAGGAUAUUUUUGCCGAUCUUCACUUUGAAUAGGAAAUGCCUUUGAAAAUAUUUCCUCUCUUCCUGGGGCUUAUAUCUUUGGGAAACAGUAAACCAUUGGCUAUAAAUCAUACAGCGUUUGAGACAGUUUAUGAAUGGAAAUACCUCAACUAUGAAUAUGACAGUGCAAGCAGAGAGAAGGAGUACGUACAAUAUGGACCUGGUGUUAAAUACACAAGUUACUUAUCUGAUUUUGAUUUAGCAAAAGAUGGGCGAAUGUUUGUCGCUGUCCCCAAAAAUAAAGGAGGUGUUUCUACUUUGAAUACAGUAUCGGACAAAAAUGGAGCAGGUGGACCUUUAUUGAAACCUUAUCCUGAUUGGAAAUGGCAUUCACGAAAGGACUGCAUUGGCAUAUAUUCUGCGUACAGAGUACAAAUAGAUCAGUGCAACAGAUUAUGGCUAUUGGAUAGUGGAAUUGAAAGUUUUUCAGUAAGAAAAUGUCCUGCUCAAUUACUGAUGUUUGACUUAUCAUCUGACAAAUUGCAAUUGAGAAUAUCGAUUCCCAAUGAAUUCUUCGAAGAUCGAAAUGGCGAAGGAAGAUUAACUAAAUUGAUUGUUCAAUCAGACGGUUAUUCGUGUCAAAACACAAUCGUGAUCAUGACCUACGAUGAUGGAUCUGGAUUAGUUGUUUGGAAUGGAAAGAAUUUGUGGCGUCUGAAUGGCGUUGAUUCAAAAAUAUUAGCAGGCCGAAUAGUAAUUAAUAACUUAGGCCUUCUUAUAAGUCCUGGCACGUUUGGCAUGUCAUUUUCUCCCAAAACUGACGAAAAAUCUCAGAUUUUGGUACUGAGAUCACUUGCAAGUGAGAAUCUAUUCGCCGUGAAACUUGACGAUAUUCUCGCUACAUCAUCUAACGUCCCGAAUGUGCAACUAAACGAUUUUUCAGAUAUUUUCCAUAUUUUUGAUGCAAUAAGGGCAAAACCAGUAACACUGAAUGAUGAUAAAGUUGUAAAUUACACAAGUUAUUAUAAUGUUCUUCCAUCAUCAGCGAGUGCUUUAGUUUUCAAUCCGGAUGGGAUUCUUUUUAUCGGCCUCAAUGAAUUUACUGCCAUUGGUUGUUGGAAUUCAAAAACGAAAUUGACUGCUGAUAAUAUUGACAUUCUUGAUCAGGACAACAAGGCAAUCGAAUUUGUCCAGGACGCAAAAGUACUUCAAACUUCAAGAACUGGGAACGAUGAAGAGGAACUUUGGAUUCUGACGACUAAUCUAGCAAAAUAUUCACAUCGCAGGAUUAGGUGGCUAGACAUCAAUUACAGAAUAAUGAAGAAAACGACAAGUAGCCUCCUCACGAACUCUAAAUGCAUUGUUUAAAAGUUGACAUAUACUAGUUUGUCUAAUUUAUAAGUGAUUAGUUUUCAAACAGAAUGCAUGAGUAUAUUACAGUUUCAUUUUCCGAGCUAAACGCUAAACUUCUAAACUGCGAUACAAUGUAAAGGGUAUAUAACCUAAUAAAUUAAUUAAUAAUUAAAUUAAUUAA